UCCAACUACAGUGACAGCAACACGGAGCUUUGUAUUGAUUUGUUUUUGUUAACAAUUCAGACAACAAGCUCGCAAUUUAGGAUGAAAAUAAGAAGUUAUUGAAUUAUUUAAUUUAUAUUUCGCUUAUAAUUUAUUUACUUUAGUUGUUUGCUUCAAUUCUAACCAGGCAACUGCGUAAUGUGGGAUUCUUCGACGUUUUUGGGUGCUCUAACACCCAAAUUUUAUGUAGCUCUAACCGGCACAUCAUCACUAAUAUCAGGUUUAAUUCUGAUUUUCGAGUGGUGGUAUUUCAGAAAAUACGGGACGUCGUUCAUUGAACAGAUGUCGCUGACGACCUUGGGCUCGUGGUCGGGCGGCGCGCGGGGCGACGCGGAAGGCGAGUGCAAGGUGUGGCGCAACCCCAUGUCGCUGCUGCGCGGCGCCGAGUACGCGCGCCUCUGGACCGCCGCGCGACGCGCUCCACUCACAUAUUAUGAUAUGAACCUUUCUGCACAGGAGCACCAGGCGUGGUUCGGCGGCAGCGGCGGGUGCUCGGGCGCGGACGAGGCGCUGUCGCGCGCGUGGCGCGAGCGCGAGCCGGCGGCGCGCGUGGCGUGCGCGCGCGCGGCGCUGGCGCAGCGCCCCGACUGCGCCGCCGCGCUGCUGCUGCUCGCCGAGGAGGACGCGCCCACCGUCGCCGAGGCGGAGCGCGUGCUGCGGCGCGCGUGGCGCGCGCUGUCGGCGGGCGGGGCGGCGGCGCGGCGCGAGGCGGCCGUGCUGGCGCACGUGAAGCGGCGCGCGGCCAUGUGCGCGCGGCGCCUGGGCCGGCUGCGCGACGCCGCGCGCCUGUUCCGCGAGCUGAGCCGCGACGCGCCGCCCGCGCUGCACGCGCUGCAGAUACACGACAACCUCAUCGAGGUGCUGCUCGAGCAGCGCGCCUACGCCGACGUGCAGGCGGUGCUGGCGCGCUGCGAGGACAUGGGCGUGCCGCAGUCGGCGUGUGCGCUCUACACCGCCGCGCUGCUGCGUGCCCGCGUCGCGCCCGAGCACCGCGCGCUGGAGGCGAUCCACGCGGCCAUCGAGUUCAACCCGUACGUGCCGGCGUACCUGCUGGAGCUGCGCGCGCUGAGCCUGCCGCCCGAGCACGUGGUGCGGCGCGGCGACAGCGAGGCGCUCGCCUACGCGUUCUGGCACCUGCGGCACUGGCGGCACAACGAGGGGGCGCGCCGCCUGCUGGCCGCGGGCUGGGCCGGCAGCGCGCCGCCCGCGCCCGCGCCGCGCGCCGACCGCGAGCUGCUGGCGCCGCACCACGCGCCCGCGCCCGCCGCCCGCCGCGCGCCGCUGCUGCCGCUGGCCGCCGCGCUCGCCGCGCUCACGGCGCUCACGGCGCUCGCCGCGCUGCCCCUGCCCGCCCUGCCCGCGCUCCCCGCCCUGCCCGCCCUCCCCGCCCUGCUGCCCGUCUACUGA